UAUGCAUUUUUCGUUUAUAUUUUAAUUUCUAAUUUCGUUUAUGCAAGUUAUGGAUUAAGAAACUCUAUGACAUCGAACAUGACUGGAUCCAGUCGUUUUCCUCUUCAGGAGCAGUAUCGUCAGAGAAAAAGCUCCCAUGAAAAUUGGGACAGGUUCAUUCCUAAUAGAUCUGCAAUGGAUUUUGACUACGCACAUUUUAUGGUGACCGAAGGAUGUAAAGCUAAAGAGAUUCAGGCCAGUUCACCUUCAAGAGAAGCAUAUAGAAAGCAGCUUGCAGAGAUCUUUAACAUGAACCGGAGGAUCCUUGCUUUUAAGAAUAAACCACCCACCCCCCCUUUGGAUGGUUUUCUGGAUAAGAACUCUUCCGCUUACCAGGCCAAACCUACUAAACCUCGUCGCCACAUUCCUCAGACAUCUGAGAGGACUUUAGAUGCCCCGGAUAUUUUGGAUGAUUACUACUUGAAUCUACUAGAUUGGGGAAGCAGCAAUGUUCUCUCUAUUGCUCUUGGCAGUACUGUUUACCUGUGGGAUGCUUCUGAGGGAAGCACUUCUGAAUUGGUCACAGUUGAUGAUGAAUUUGGUCCGGUUACGAGUGUUAAAUGGGCUCCCGACGGAAGGCAUGUUGCCGUUGGCUUGAAUAAUUCUGAUGUCCAGCUUUGGGAUUCCACGGCUAACAGAUUGUUACGAACUUUGAGAGAUGGCCACCAAUCACGAGUAGGAGCCCUCGAUUGGAACAAUCAUAUACUGACAACAGGUGGGAUGGAUGGUAUGAUUUUCAACAAUGACGUCCGGGUGAGAUCACAUAUUGUGGAAACCUACAGAGGACAUAGUCAAGAAGUGUGCGGCCUAAAAUGGUCGGCCUCUGGCCAGCAGUUGGCAAGCGGAGGAAACGAUAACCUUCUCUAUAUAUGGGACAGAUCAUCGACUGCUGUUUCUUCUUCCAACUCCACCUCCUCAACAACACAAUGGCUUCACAGGUUCGAGGAACACACAGCUGCAGUUAAGGCCCUUGCCUGGUGUCCGUUUCAGGGGAACCUUUUGGCAUCAGGCGGAGGUGGAGGAGACCGAUGCAUUAAGUUCUGGAAUACUCAUACUGGUUCAUGUGUGAACUCAGUUGAUACAGGGUCUCAGGUGUGCGCGUUGCUUUGGAACAAGAAUGAGCGUGAGUUGCUUAGUUCUCAUGGGUUUACUAAGAAUCAGCUCACUCUCUGGAAAUACCCAUCAAUGGUCAAAAUGGCAGAGCUUACGGGACAUACCUCCCGAGUUCUUUUUAUGGCUCAGAGCCCAGAUGGUUGCACUGUUGCAUCUGCUGCAGGUGAUGAAACACUAAGAUUCUGGAAUGUUUUUGGAACCCCUGAAGUCAAAAAACAGGUUCCCAAGUCUAACCCGGAGCCGUUCGCUCAUGUUAACCGAAUCCGCUGAUGCCCGAUUUACAUAGCUUGAUGUAACCUCAGCUGUUUUAGUGCUAUUGGAGGCUUUCAAGACAAGAGUUCAAGCAUUUGUUUGGCACUACUAAGCAUAUGGAUGGAAUGCUUAGGAUAUUUAUCUAUCUCUGAUGAGGUAAAUUAACCAUUUAUUUCCAAAAACAUUUGGGAUUAUAUUGAUCAAUCUUUGAUGAAAUCAGCCAUAUAUUUCUAACAAAACCUUUGCUCUUAUCGUUUCAGGUGCUGCAGUAUGCUUCAGUUUUGCUUCAGACCUUUGCUCCCCCGCCAAUGCAGAUUAUGCAGCGUCUAAACCAUUCGGAACCAAAUCAUCUAGUUUGGUGGAUAUGAAUGAAGAACAGUUACUGGU